UUCCCACCAAAAAAACAAACUGAUUUUCUCAUUCUUUCUUAUUUUAAUACUUAGUAACUUUACUUUUGUUUCUUAUUUUAAUAAAUUUUACUUUUAUUUCUUAUUUUAUAAGUUUGCCGAAAUUUUUUUUUUCCUUCCUUUUAACGUAUAAAAAGGAAAAAAAAACUCCCUUCGUACAUUUUAAAAGAAGGGUUUGACUGUAAUCGUUUUAAGCGAAGUUAGAUAUUUCUAACUUUUAAACCAUUUUUUUAAUUUUAUAAUAUACAUACAGUCUUUUGUAAAUAUAGAUUUCAAAAGUUUAAAAGUUUAAAAAUAUGAAAUUUCUAGAUAUAGCUUCUCUCGACCCCAUUAAUACCGCGUUGGUAUUUGAAAAUCCUGAGUGCAGGGUUGUGGGUCGAAUAGAGACCUACUCCUGCAAACUUGCGGGUGUUGACAAAAAACUUUAUAAGCAUCUUGAAAGUCAAUGGAAUUCAGACCUUUCCGAAAGUGUUUCACCUGACCAUAAUCAUUCUCUUCACGACAUAAUAUCACCUUUUGGUCCAAUGGAUCAACCUUCUUCUCGCAGGAUGUUAUUUAAUUUAAUAGCAACAUUAAACGCGUCCUAUCCUGAUUAUGACUUUUCUGACGUUAAACCCGACCAAUUCACCAAACAUCAGUCAGUUCCUAUGGUUUGCAAUUAUAUAAACAAUACAUUAUUUAAUUUAGGCCAUGCUUAUAUAAUCAAUAAUUUGGCUUUAUGGAAGGUAAUAGAUGAGAUUAUUGAGUUAGACGAAUGUAGUGUUUACUCAUUCAAUCCCGAUAAUGAUUCUGACCCGAAUGCGGAAGAUGGUGCUAUAUGGUCAUUCAAUUUCUUCUUUUACAAUAAAAAAUUAAAACGAAUAUUGUUUUUCGCUGUAAAAUGUUUAAGUAUUAAUGCACCUUUACAAGAUGAAGAACCCUUGGAUACAUUUUCUGACUCGGGUAGCGACGUAAUUGGAAUGUCAUAUGAAGAAUAUGUGAUGGGAGAUAUUGAAAUGUAAUAGCAGCGUGUUAUUAUUUCGAAUGAGUAUAAGUAAGUGCGAUUUAAUUAGAAGUAUAUUUCAAAACAGAAAUUACGUACUACAAAUUUUGCUCAAUAACUCCUUGAUAUAAACUUAGAACGAAUAAACUUUAUAUAUAUAUUUUUUUUUUUUU